GCGCCGAUCUACGCGUCACGAAUGAUGAAACAUUAUUUAUUGUUGUUGUUUUUGGUUGGGUGUCUGUUCGCCAGCAGCAAAGCAACAUCGCAACAAGUCUGUGGCUACACCGCACUCGAUGGUCACAAUGUAUUUUUGAGAUAUUUUCCGGGUAUCAAGGCAGGCGAGGACUUUAUCGAUUAUGGUAACGGCGAGGAUGGUGUGUGCCUGCAAAGAGCGGAGUGUUUGGAUACUUAUGAGACAAAAGUGGAAUCCUGCACUGACUACAAAGUAGACUGCAUUAACCGACAUACCUUCACAUCUUUGUUCCCCACUUGCUGUGUCAAGUGUUAAGCGUCGAAGAAAUAAGGCAGCACUUCAAAGUAAAUUAAAAAAGUUGAGAAAAAUUUGUAGAUUGAAAAUGGAUUUUAAUAAAUAAAAAUGGAUUUCCCAUAAAUGCCUGUGA